AGCAUAUUCAUUUUUCAGUGGUGUCAGUGGAGUGAAGACUACCUGUGAACAUGUCAAACACGGCACAAGACGCAAGUGGAGGAAGUGUUGCACAAUGCAACCAAACAGCAACAGACAGGGCGGCGUGCACGGAGAACCUAACAGAGACUGAUGCCUUCAUCCGAAGCUCUUUGGCUUUGGAUCCUGCAGAGGAAUACAAGAUGGACCACAAAAAACGAGGCCUUGCCCUGAUCUUUAACCAGGAGCGCUUCUUCUGGCGCCUGGGGUUAAACGACAGGCAUGGAACCAACGCUGAUCGCUACAACCUGGAGAGAAGACUGAACGAUCUGAACUUCGAAGUGAGGGCUUAUGAUAACUACAAACAAGUGGAAGUCUACGAUAAGAUCAGUGAAGCCGCUGAGGAAAACCAUUCAGACGUAGACUGCUUUUUGCUUGUCUUCCUGAGCCAUGGUGAAAAUGAUCACGUUUACACCCACGACGGAAAGAUCAGCAUUCAGGAUAUCACCGCCAUGUUCAAAGGAGACAAGUGCAAGAGCCUCGUGGGAAAGCCAAAGGUUUUCAUACUACAGGCGUGCCGUGGAGAUAAGCAUGACGAUCCAGUGACUGCCUGUGACGCAGUGGACAGCGAGCUGAAGACUAACGAGGUGGUGGUAGACGCCAGCGCCGUGCACACACUGCCUGCCGGGGCAGAUUUCAUCAUGUGCUACUCCGUGGCUGAAGGAUACUAUUCCCACCGGGAGACCGUUAACGGCUCCUGGUAUGUCCAGGAUCUGUGUGAGCUGCUUCAAAGGUAUGGGAACACCCUGGAGUUCACAGAGUUACUCACGCUGGUCAACAGGAAGGUGUCCAUGAGGAGUGUUGGGAAUUCUAACGACCGGAAUGCCAUCGGGAAGAAGCAAGUACCCUGCUUUGCUUCAAUGCUCACCAAGAAACUCUACUUCCGAUCGAAACAGUAACAGUGUCAGACCUCAGUCUUACAAUUAGCUGAUCUUAUUUUAAUACCUGGACAAAUUCUGGGAGAUUUUAAUGAUUUUUUCUGUAAUCCUCCACUGUGCUUUGCUCAUGAACACUAUAAUCACACAUGCAUUGAACAAUGAGAUGCUUUAUAGUGAAAUUAGUUAAAAUAACAGGAACACCUUGAAUAACAUGCACUGAACACGUAUGCCUUUUCCAGCCUCAGGCCAUCACUACACUCUCAAAACAACCUGACACGUGAAAUUGUUUUCUUCUUGAGGAACCACCUUAGUUGGCAGGACCUGUAUCUGUUGUCAGAAGGGAAGAAAUCAUGUGACAGUAUCUGGUGUACUGGUUUAUCUGGUCCCAUCUGCAUCCUAUCACUAAUCUGGUUUCCGGUGUGAAUGUAAACACAGUUGAUAUUAUAAUGCUAUCUAACACAACAGCCCUGCAGGUCGCAAACGCUUAUUACCCAGAGUACUAUUAUCACAAUCAAUCAGAUUAUUGAGUAGUUGAUGCUUUAUCGUUAGACCUUCAUUCAUAUUUAAACAUAUUUGAAAAUAUCUACCAAAUAUUUGAUAACCACUUUGGCCCCAGGAGUCCAGCAUGAAGAUGAUUUCAUAUUCAAUAACAACUUAUGAUACCAUUUGUUUUUAACAGAAUAUAGACCAUGAUGAAUUUUCUUGUUGUAUUGGAUGUGUUAUGUUUUUAAGGUGUUCCCGUUUUUAUUUUCCAACCACUGUAGAUCCAUACACAUUUUGCACUCUCAAGAUUAUGGACCACAUUCUCUGUUAGCUAGCUUUCUUACACUUCACAUGUUUGCUUUCUUGUUUAAACUACUGUGGUACUACACAAAUGUUGCCUUAUCCAGCCGCUGACUUUGAAGUUUUAAAAGGGGGCAUAUCAUGAAAGACUCACAUUUUCAAUCCUUGUGCACAGACAUGGUGUCUGGAGUGCCUGUCAACACACAAACUGUGACAUAAGACAACCCAGUCACUUUUUUUGUGGGCUGCUUACAUCAGAAAUCAUGGGAUUCAACAAGCCAUUCAGAUUUAGCUUCCCUUUCUUUGUCAGAUGGAGACUCAUUCGAAUAUACCACAUCCCGAUUGAAUACCUCCACAAACAGCUGGAGAACUACCAUUGUGGUUUACCACAUUUUUCAGAGCAGGCAUUUUCAGGGGGCUUUAAAAAAAAUGUGCUAACACAACAUCAGACAGGUACAUUUAGAGAGACUAUGACAACAUUUCAAUUCCCAGAAAAUGAGCAUAUUAUGUCCCCUUAAACAAGGCGAGAGGACAGUGCAAGUUGACUUUUCCGGAUGCCUUGACCGCUUCCUUAGACUCAGAGGAAGCUGGAAAUGUCAGAUGAGUUUUCUUGAAGUCAGUGGCAAUGAUGUCUACAAACCAGAAAAACACUGUACUUUCCAACUUACUGUAUCUUGCGAGGCAGGUGGCAUGACGAGCAGGUCACUAAUAAUGUUUACCACUUCAUUACCUCUCUGUAACCACCAGCUACCAAGUGAUAUCUCUCAUAUCCAGCCACCACAUAAACAUGCUGUUUGUCUUUGAGCUCGCUCCAUCAAAAAGGGAAUUCAUGUUUGUGCUGUUCUUUGUGUUGUAGCAGUUUACAGUACGACAUUUAAUAAUGCGACAAAUACCUGUGUGGAAAGUACCUCAGGGAGGAGGCUGUACUAUGGACCUGAAACACUUCCAAAUGUGUCACACUAUCUAUGACUCAGGAAAAACAAAGACACCACCCAAGAGAUCUAUGAUCUCAAUGGGACCAAUCUGGUUAAAUAAAGGUUUGAGACCAGCAUACUGUGAUCUGUGAUCUUUUGUCUUACUGUUGUGACUUUGUUUAAUAAAAUCCGUGUGACAAUCCAGUUA